GAGUGGCGCCCACCCUUCCCCAAUCCCCCCACCCGCAACCUCCUCACUCGACAGAGUAGCUCAACGGCUCAUCCAUCCAUCCAUCCUCUCGCCUACGUUGAGGCCACCAGCACGAGCAAGAAACCACUGAACACUAGCGAGGCAGCCAGGCCAAAGCACCAUGCUCGGCCUCCGCGUCCUCUGCGGCGCGCCACCGGCCACCGCCUCGGCACCGCCGCCGAGGGGCCGCUGCAGCGCGCCGGAGAAGAGCGGCCGGGCGCACCUGCUGGGCGUCCCCGCGGCCGUCUCCCUCUCGCUCGUCCUCUGGUCCACCCCAGUGAGCGCCGGCAUCCUGUCAGGGUCCACCGGGCUGGAGUCGGUUCCAGCGCCCCCGAUGCCCCGGCUCGAGUUCCUGGACAAAUGGAAUGCGGAGAACCAGAGGAAGUACGCGGAGAAUGACUCGAGGUUCAAGUCCUCCAAGGUGCUCAAGGAGCUGCUCGAGAAGUCCAAGCAGAACAAAGAAAAGAACGAGAGGGAGAUCCAGGACAAGUACUGCCUGCGGGGCGCCGAGUGGGGCGUCGGCGACUGCUCCACGGUGGGGAUGACGGACCAGGAGAAGGAGGACUUCAUCACGGAGCUCAGGAAAAGAGUUGGGGAAUGAUCAGACCACGCUGCAGCAUCCGACUCAAUUGCUCGCCGGAAACAGAGUUCUGGCACUGCGGAGGGGGGGGGGGGAGGGGGGGGGGGGGGGUGAACAGUUGGCAAAUACACAAUCUAGUUCAGAACCGCAGAUGGUUUAAAAAGGUGAAUGGGAAUUGUGGCCUCUUGUUCUGUCAGUAGUACUCCAUGCGAAUUUUAAAUUUUCUCCGUCAGUUCUUGAACCACAGCGGCCUGUUACUGUUAGUGUAAGUCUUACCAUCACCAAACCAUAAGGAAAAGUAACUGGUGGCGCACUUCGAUA